GCGUACCUUCCUUUAGCUAAACUACCAUUCCGAGCCUUUGGAAGACUCGGGAAGUACGCCGGACAAUCGGUCGGUCCAUGGCGCGUGGUCCAGACCUCCCCCCGAGUACCGUCCCACGAGAAGUAUCGACGGCUUCAUGUCGCACAUGCAGCACCCUCGGCGUGAGCAGCGUACAUACAAGCAGUGCACAGCUAACCCCCUUCUCGUAACUCACGAUCCUCCCCUUACGACCACCUGAGCCCAGACCCCGUGCGCCGCCCGCCGCACCUCCCGACGUUGCCAGCGCAGCGCGCGGGAUGAAGCUCGGGCGAUAGAAGGCGGGGGACGAUGACGUGUGCUAUGCGGGGGCGUGCGGUGGGGACUGGGCGGCCGAGGCCGAGGCCAGGUGAGCAGGUGUGGGCUCACACCCAGCACUCGUUGCGGGGGCCGCGGAGGUCGCGCGCACCCCCGCCGCUGCAUCUUGGGCCUCAGGUCCAGGCUGCAGAAGC